GGGAGGGGCGAGCCGGGCGGCGGCGCAGGCCCAGACCCCGACCGACCUAGAGGAGGCGGCAGACCUGAGACCCUCCCGAUCCGGGCGUCUUCUGCCAAGACAGGGUUGACCUUGGCUUGCUGCGCUCCUGGAUGCCCCGCGGGCAUGCCCACGCUGAGCCCUGACCUCAGGCUGCUCCUCACACCAGGCUGAGGGGGGACCCAGGACCCAGCCCUGCUCCCUAGAGCCGCAGAACCUCAACCAGCCAGUGCCCCUGCCCCAGUCCUGCGGCCUUCGCCAUGGUGAAGUUGCUGCCAGCCCAGGAGGCGGCCAAGAUCUACCACACCAACUACGUGCGCAACUCGCGCGCCGUGGGAGUGAUGUGGGGCACGCUCACCAUCUGCUUCUCAGUGCUGGUCAUGGCCCUCUUCAUCCAGCCCUACUGGAUAGGCGACAGUGUGAGCACGCCGCAGGCCGGCUACUUUGGCCUGUUCUCCUACUGCGUGGGCAAUGUGCUCUCAUCGGAACUGAUCUGCAAGGGUGGCCCUCUGGACUUCUCCUCCAUUCCCUCCAGAGCCUUCAAGACCGCCAUGUUCUUCGUGGCCUUGGCCAUGUUCCUCAUCAUUGGCUCCAUCAUCUGCUUCAGCCUGUUCUUCGUUUGUAACACGGCCACGGUCUACAAGAUCUGUGCCUGGAUGCAGCUGGCUGCAGCCACCGGCCUGAUGAUCGGAUGCCUGGUCUACCCAGAUGGGUGGGACUCCAGUGAGGUGCGGCGGAUGUGUGGUGAGCAGACGGGCAAGUACACACUGGGCCACUGCACCAUCCGCUGGGCCUUCAUGCUGGCCAUCCUCAGCAUCGGAGACGCUCUCAUCCUCUCCUUCUUGGCUUUUGUGUUGGGCUAUCGGCAGGACAAGCUCCUCCCGGAUGACUACAAGGCAGAUGGGAAAGAGGAGGUCUGAAGCAACUGAGGGGUGCUGAGAGACGCUUCUGGCAGGCCAUAAUUUCCCUGGCAAGGAAAAUCAGGACUUGGAUCCCCUCACCUUUCCAUCCAGCGUCCUGUUCCCAGAUCCUCCGGGCGGGCCUGAGGCACAGUCCCAGCACAGGGUAGAACCCUUCAGUCUCCUGCCACCCACAGACAACUGUCUGCAGCAGGCAAGCGCUACUAGAGUGCAGGCAGGGAGCUACGUGAAGACAUCAGGGGCCUCCGGAGUGCCACGAGGGUGCUUACCCACCGAGACCCACGUUUGCUCCCUAGCUAGCAUUUCCCACCAGCUAGCCACUUGACUCUUCGGUGGCCUCUGUGCUGGAUGUUCAGCUGAGUCCACGUCUAGGGGCCCGAGCCUUAUGACUCCAGCCACUGGAGAAGUGGCCGGAAGCUAGGGGUGAGUACUGCCCUUUGCUCCCCGUUCCCAUACUGCUGCGCAGAGACGGGCGAGGAAUAGAGACCAAACAGAGGACCAAGACAUUGCCCAGGUGAAUUUGACUCCUCACUGGAACCAGCAAUCACAUUUCCCACAGUGCCCACAGUGUCCCAGCCAGGACUGGCUUCUAGCUUCAGAAAUUUGCCUUUACAUGAAAAUAAAUGUUCCCAGUACUA